AUGGCAUCCGCAUUCAAAAAAUACCAAAAGUCAAUGGCAAAACCUCAUCGCGAGCGUUCCCAGCCAGAAUUCCGCCAGAAACUUGGAUUUCUCGAGAAGAAGCAAGACUACAAAGCCCGGGCGACAAAUUUCAAGAACAAGCAGGCCAAGCUGCUUCAGUUGAGACAGAAAGCGGAAUUCAAGAAUCCAGAUGAGUUCUACUUUGGAAUGUGCAGCGCCAAACUGGUCGAAGGAGAACAUACAGCGCUCAAAGAAGGGCUCACAAAAGAGGAGAUCGCGCUGAUCGAAACAAAGGACUUGAAAUGGCUGGAGAAGCGCAUCGUCAUGGAGAGCCGUAAAAUCGAGCGAUUACGGAAAAGUGUGCACAUUUUUGAGACGAGCAAGCCAGUCAACCAGCACAUUAUUUUCCAAGACGAAGAUGAAGAGGGCAUCGAACUUGCCGAACAACUCGAAACCACGGAGGAGAUGCUGGGCAGGACACAUAAUCGACUUACCAAGAAACAACUAGAGGAUCUCCCGCAAUACAAAAAGGAAGACUACGAGCAAGUAAAAAUAGAACGGCUGAAGACCCAGCGAGAACUGCUCGACCGAAUGAAACGACUUGAAAAGCUCCAAAACGCCAAAAACGAGCUCAUGAGAAAAGAAGAAAGCCGCGAAAAGAAGCCAGAAAUUAAAAAUGCGAAGCUAGCGAAAAAGUACAAUUUUAAUGAGAGAGAAAAUUCUUUGAAAAUGUUUUCAAAAAAGAAGUCGAAGAAAAAAGACUCGGUCGUUUACAGCCAAGACGAGCAAAAACGGCUCUCCGAGCUCGCUCAAGCUCAUGGCCUCUCGCAUGCUCAAACGCCGUCUUCUUUCCGAAACAAGGUCUUUGGUCGAAAAGAAUCCAAAAAGUCCAAGAUCGAGAUCUCAACCCCUUUUGCCUUUCAACACGUUGCCCAGGCGGUCGCUGGACCAGAGGACCGCGCUUCUAUUCACAGUUCGGGAUCAAACCUAUCCCACGAUAAUUCCGUCGUUCAUACAAAUAAGCAUAAUGAAAGUACAUCUUCCCGAAGUUCAAUGGGCGAUCAGCAAGCUCAAUUUGUCAGACCUACCCGUUCCGCCUCGCAUGCGUCCAAUCAUGCUCAUUCUACUCCUUCCCACCUUCUUCCUCAACGCAAGGACUCCAUCGGCCACUACAGCAAUGUUCCUUCAUCAUACCAAAGACAGCCUGUUCCAGAUACGUGGUCGUUAGCCAGCGGCAUCCGGCCGGGCAACAGCAAUCAGAGCUGGAAACAAUCCAUUUCUUCACUUCAUUCAGCCCCAUUCCCGUCUGAACAACCCGAUCCAUAUCAACGCUGCUACGUUAAAGAGAAGGUUUAUCCGAAAGAGAUUCCCGUCCCGCCGCCAGACUCGACAAAACUCCUGGGCCCGAGGAGGAAGGUAGUUCUUACGCGCCGACCAGACACGGGGUUCGGCUUUUCUCUCCGAAGAAGUACGAUUUCCGAGCGAGAUCAGACCAGAAGAACUGUCCUCUUUGCCGAACCAGGAGCUAGCGGUUGUGGACUGCUUCCUGGCGAUAGGCUUUUAGAAAUCAACGGUGUCGAUGUUGAACACGCUCAGCAAGAAGAUGCUGUUGCAAAAAUUAAGGCAGCUGGGAAUAGCGUGACGCUUACCGUGCAGUCUAUACCGGAAUUGACGGAGCUGGCUGUACGUAAGCCGGAUGGAAUCGAAAAGUGUCAUUUACUGUCGGAGAAAAAUAUUGCUGAGCUGUCUUUUGCCGGCUCGCUGGUAGAACGAGGCAAACCUCUCCGCGUUGACGAUGAUUUGCCGGAUGAGCUGUGGGAAAAGGGCGAAAAAUUGUGGCUUAUUCAUCGAGCAGGCAUCGCGUCCUGCAGAAUUCUACCAAAAGAAGCGCCGUCCGGUCAUUUGAUGGACGGCAAAACUAAAGUCAGACUUGAGCAGGACGGGUCUGUUCUUAUUGUUGAUGAGGCAGCUACUGAGCCAGCAAAUCACCCUGACCAAGAAAGGAGAUGA